AUGAAACGAGCACUUCCAUCUCAGACUGACACAAUGGCCAUGGCGACAUCGGGCGCCCAAAUCAAGCGAUCCUCUCCUUUCCUCGAUCAGAAUGACCCAAAACGGAUCAAGCGUCACUAUCAUCAUCACCAUCGCUUGCGAGAGCCCGUGGUUCUUCCUUCCAGCACCGAGCCAUCCGUACAAGAUGACACCCAUCUCGACAAAUUGAUGAACCGGGCAGUAGGCCAGACUCUCAAGGAUGCAGGCUUUGAUAUAGCCGAUCCAGCUGCGCUGUCUAGUUUGUGCAGUGCCACCGAGGAGUACAUGCUACGAAUUUCUACAUUUAUCCGACAAUCCAUGCUGUCUGCACGACGCACACAGCCUAUCCCGCAUGACUUUGACCACGCCCUGAAGCGGGUCCGCAUCUCUCCAGAUGAUCUCCUCCCUCACCUCAAACCAUCGCCUUCAAACAUACCCGUACCAACAUCAUCGCCAUCUCCCCCACCAGAGGAUGAGAUUUCCAAAAGCCUUCCAUUCCUUACAGCUCUAAGUAGCGACGAAGACCGCGCAAAUCGUCCGUACAUCCCGAGUCACUUUCCGAGCUUCCCCAGCAAGCACACUUAUUCCGCUACCGCUGUAUUCAUUGGAAGAGACAACGACCCGCGCAAAAUUCGUGAACGCGCGGCAGAGGAUGGAAGACAUGGUGAGGAGGCAUUGCGCAAAUUGGCAAGCGCUGCGUUCCGCGACAACCAAAUUGGCUCGACUGGCCGCGACAAGAAGCUUUGGGGUCGGAGAAUGGAUAGCAUGGACACCAUGUUCGAAAAGACGACCAAAGCACUUUCCAAAAAGUGCAACAAGGAUUUCCCUGGCACGUCGGCUAGCUCAGCUAUGGAUAUUGAUUCCGGACGCCCGGCAGAGGAGGACACUAAGUCUCGCCUCAAGAUCUCAUGGACUAUGGAGCUGGGUCCAAUUGUCAACUGCGAACGAGAUCUGUGGUGUCGACCAACUUUAAAUGCGCGGCGACCGGAGGAGAAGACUCUCAAGCCUUCAGCAAGCGUCGAGCCAGCGGAGGCCAUGACUGGCAUGUAA